CUCCGAUGAGGUGGAUCUUAUCUCUGCUCCUCUGCCUGGGCCUGGGCCUGGCUAAGGAUGAUGGCGUCCCAUAUUUAGGUCUCUUUCUCCCGUCUGACCUCUAUUUUCCGUCCGUGGCGACUUUCUGCUUUCACACCGGCGGAGAUCUCGGUAAAUUCUCAUCUUUGACUGUAAAUCUGGAGACAGACUCCGGAGACACAAACAUCUACCGGGUGAAUGGAGGAAGCGAACCCUUUCACUGCCCUUCCUUCCAGGUCCCGGCACCAUCUGGCACCAAACAAAAAGUGAAUAUCGAGAUAAGAGGGGUCACGCCUGAUAAUAUGUGUCACCAAAUCAUCACCAAGCAAGUGACGAUUCGGGCAAAACGCAACGGGACCUUUAUCCAAACCGACAAGUCUGUCUAUAAACCAGGACAAAAUGUGAGGUUCCGAAUUGUAACACUGAAUCAGGACUUGGAAUCCAGCAACGAGAAGUAUUCGCUGGUAGAGCUCCAAGACCCCCAGAAGAACCGUCUUGCCCAGUGGAAAGAUGUGGCUCCAAACAGUGGUAUCGGGGACCUCUCGUUCCAGCUGUCUCCCGAGCCCUCGCUGGGCAUGUACACAAUCAAAACCGGAGCAACAAGACACUACUUUUCCGUGGAAGAAUACGUACUGCCAAAGUUUGAAGUAAUGAUUCAUACCCCAUCGACCAUCACAAUCUUUGAUACUAAUGUUACUGUGACGGUCUGCGCCCGGUAUACAUACGGACAACCAGUUCCAGGAACCGUGACGUUUGAGAUUUGCCAGAAGAAAGGCUGGUCCUACUGGAGACAGCCAAGGGGUCAGAAACAGAAUCCGUGUUACGUCCAUACAGAAAAGAAUGAUCCGUCAGGCUGCCUUACAGCCGUCGUGGACCUUUCCCACUUCAAUAUACGCGACAACGGAUACAACAGAAGAUUGGAGAUCGAGGCAUCGCUGGAAGAAGAAGGGACCGGAGUGACGAUAAACGCGACAAGAGGGCAAUGUGAAAUCUCAUCUCAAAUCACCAAGCUUUCAUUCAAAGACACCAAGUCCCAUUAUCAAGCUGGAGCCCCCUACAGGGGAAAGCUGGUGUUGCAAUCUUUUGACGGGAAGCCCCUGAGUGGGCAGAAACUGCAUCUCUCUGUCUCCUUGAGUGAAAAAUCCACCAAGGAGACAUUGGUCACAGACUCCAACGGAGAAGCUUCCUUCCAACUGUCCACCUCGAACUGGAGUGAAGGCUCCAUCUCAUUAGAGGCAUCCACAGAUGAAGAAGACGAGGGGUACAAGCGCUAUCACAUCAGCGCUCGAUACGGCAGAGCCUACCUAUAUCUCAAAGACAUCUAUAUGAGCAGCCGUGACUCGGUCUACAUUCACCCAGUGAAGAGCUCGGCUGCUUGCCACGAGAAUGUGACCGUCCGCGUGGAUUACAACCUGGGAGAGAGACCAAAGAGAGAUGUGGACUUCUUCUACCUCGUCCUUGUUAAUAAUAAGAUCUCACUCAGCGGCCGGAGGACAGUAAGGGCUGUUAAUACGGAUAUUUCCGUCUUAUCCGGAACUCUGGAGCUCUCUCUUCCCGUCCGAGAAAUGUCCCCCUCUGGAAAGAUUCUGGUUUUCUCUGUGACGUGUUCAGGCGCCGUGGCUGCUGACACCGCAACAUUACAAGUGUCUCCGUGCCUGAAACAACAAGUGAGUCUUGGAUUCUCCGAGCGUGAGGUCAUCCCAGGUUCUGAGGUCAAGUUGCAUCUCAAAGCCAUGGCAGGUUCCUUUUGUGCGUUGCGAGUGGUGGACAAGAGUGUUGUACUUAUGAAACCAGAGGACGAGCUGACGGAGGCCAAGAUACAGAAUCUUGUAAAACCCGAACCGUCUUAUCGCCCGUAUGAGAGCCUGGACUAUAAAUUUUGCGAAAAUCAAGAGCCCUCAAACUCCAUUUCUAGUACAUGGCUACCUGACAUUUUCCCAGGAUGGCGUCACACUUACUCAUAUCCAGAGAAGAAGAAGGACGUCCAGAACUUGAUCCAGGACAUGGGACUCACCGUACUUACCACCUGGGAUAUCGUGGCUCCAACAACUUGUAGAGUUCAACCCUAUGACAUGAUGCCAGCAAAUUCAAUGAUGCGUUCUGCCCCCAGCGCCACGUUUGCCAGCGUUAUGAAGGCCACGGCCCUUGAAGAUGAUUCUCCGAAUGAAGCAGCCAUCGAGUCAAGUCAAGAAAAAGAAAUCCGGACAUUUUUCCCCGAAACCUGGUUGUUCGACAUACAGCCAAUCCCGUCCUCUGGCAAUGCAGAGAUGGAGCUAAUUGCCCCGGACUCUAUUACGGAAUGGAACGGGCAGAUGUUCUGUACAGGCGCCGGAAGCUUCGCCCUCUCCCCUGCCACCACACUGAAGGUUUUCCAGCCCUUCUUUGUGGGCCUGACCCUGCCGUACUCCGUGAAACGAGGAGAAACAUUCAACCUCAAAGCGACGGUCUUCAACUACUUGCUACAAUGUAUCAAGAUUGUGGUCACCCUCCCUCCUUCUGAAGACUUCCAUCUGAAAGACCCUUCCGGUAGCGACCACACUUUCUGCCUCUGCGCCGGGGAGAAGAGGACCGUCACUUGGCAGGUGACACCCACCAAACUAGGAGAGGUAAACGUUACGGUCGCCUCUCAGGCCGUCAGCAGCCCGGAGCUCUGCAAGGGCCAGGAAAUUGUGCUGCCUGAGAAAGGACGGACGGACGCCCUGACCCAGGCGGUGCUGGUGGAGCCCGAGGGUACGCUGGUGGAACAAACUCACAACGCCCUGCUGAUCUGCGAAGAAUCCUCUGAGUCCGUAGAACGCGUGAAUCUGGAACUUCAUCAGAAUAGCGUUGAAGGCUCAGCAAAGGCUACCAUCAGCAUUUUCGGAGACAUAAUGGGGUCUGCGCUCAAUAACAUAGACGAUCUCCUGACCAUGUCGUAUGGCUGCGGGGAGCAGAACAUGGUGCGCUUUGCCCCCAAUAUCUACAUCCUGAAUUAUUUGGAUAGCUCCCAGCAACUCAGCCCCGAGAUCAACAAAAAGGCCAAGGACUUCUUAAUAGGAGGUUACGAGAGGCAGCUCCAAUACAAACACCGCGAAGGAAGCUACAGCGCCUUCGGAGAGAGCGAUAAGGAGGGCAGCACGUGGCUCACUGCGUUUGUCAUUAAAUGCUUUGGCCAGGCCAGACCGUAUGUCUUCAUAGAUGAAGAUGUUAUCAAGCAGGGCAUUCAAUGGCUGAAGAAACAGCAAAGGUCUGACGGAUGCUUCCAAGCUAAAGGUCGUCUUUUAAACAAUGCGCUGAAGGGGGGUGUGGAUGACGAGGUUUCUCUGACUGGUUAUAUUCUGGCUGCUCUUAUGGAAACUGGAAUGACCCCUCAGGAUGCCAUGGUGGAAAAAGGAAUAAAGUGUUUGAGGAACGCAUCGAUAGAGGACGCCAGCACCUACAAACUGGCCCUCAUGGCAUACGCCUUCACUUUGGCCGACCUUACAGACGCCAGAGCCGACGUUCUUCAGAAACUGUAUAACAGAGCAAUCAAAUCAGAUGGUUUAAUGUACUGGACUCAAGAAUCCAAACCCGAUCCAGAUAUGUACUGGUCCAAACCUAAGUCAGUGGACGUAGAGCUGACGUCUUACGUUCUUCUGACUCUGGCUUCUAAAAAAGAGGCAUCAAAGAUGGAUCUCGGAGACAUGGUGUCCAUCGUACGCUGGUUAUCAAAGCAGCAGAAUGGGAAUGGCGGAUUCUGUUCUACCCAGGACACCGUGGUGGCCCUUCAAUCCCUGUCCAAGUUCGCUUCUUUGACUCAUACUAAAGGAGGGAAUGUGACGGUCACAGUAAUCUCAAAGGAAGGGUUUUGGCAUGAGCGCCAUGUGGAUGACAGUAACCGGCUUAUCCUACAGAAAGUGUCCUUACCCCACAUCCCUGGGGAAUACACGGUGUCCGCAAAAGGCGCAGGUAGCGUCUACGUGCAGAUCACUCAGAGAUAUCACACACCCCCUCCAGAGAAGAAAGCCGCGUUCGAUCUGUCAGUUCAGACAUGGUGUAGGGAGAAAGAUGUCCUGGAAGUCGAGGUGCAGUUCAGGUACCAUGGAGAACGUCAAUCCACCAAUAUGGUUUUGCUUGAACUGAAGGUGAUCUCAGGAUAUGUUCCACAAAAAGAAUCCAUAGAAAAGCUGAAGAAAAACCCGCUGGUGAAGAGAGUAGAAUCUAAAGAAGACACGGUAACAAUCUACAUAGAAGAGGUGACCUCACAGCCACAGACCCUGAUGAUUGCGUCUGAGCGGAUAGUCCAAGUGACUGAUCUGAAACCCGCUGUUUUGAGAAUUUAUGAUUAUUACAUACCAGAUGAUGAGAAGACAAUCACCUACUUGAGCAAUUGUCCUUGAGGCCUGAAACGUUUCUCUAAUGGACACACGGAUCACCUGGACGUCCCGCUCCCAAGCAGGGAAAAGUUAUACUGUUAUCAGUAAACCUAUGUUUUCAGCAUCAAUGGAUUAAAAAUACAUCAGAGAAUGAGUCUGCGACUGGGUGUUUUAUUUGCGGCUUGCGGGUGGAUAGA